GGGUGCUGGGGCACAGGUGGCGAACGGGCUGCUAUGAGGGAGUUGCUCUGCAGAUUUCACCUCUCCUCGCCAGGCUUGCGUGCGUGUCUUUUCCUGCACGCAGCUGGAGCUGGUCUGUUUUCUGGGAAUGCUGGUUUCCUCUGGCUGUUGACCCUGUAAACUCAGCUUGCACUUGAGCUAAGCAAGCGAACGUGAGGGUUGGGACCAUCGAGUUGGGCAGCCGGGCUGGAGGGUGAGGGCGUGCACGGAGGCAACACGCAGCAGCAGCGUAUGCGAGGGCGGCUUCUAGCAUGGGUGAGUGUCAAGAAGCCAGGGCUGGGGAGGAAAGGAGAAAACCCUGGCACAUUUGCGCAGCCACACAUGUAAACCAAGGAGGCUGCAAAGGAGGCUCGCUGGGGUGCUGGCGGGGGAGCUUUGCUGCAGGAGUCCGAGUUACUCGCCCGUGAUGCGCAGGAGGGGGUUGUCCUCGCAGCUGCCAUCUUCGCAAGCGGAGGCUGGGGAGGCGAGUGGCCAGGAGACGCGGUUCCGCUUGUUUAUUUUCAGAAAGCAAGCACGUCUGGUCCUGGCAACUUGGCAAGCGCAGACAUCCAGGCGAGGAGGAGGAGUUCCCACCCAUGGCCCGGUGGCUCGGGAGCAGCAGUGCUGGGACAGCCCCGAGCGUGCCACGGUCUGUGGGAUGCGGCCAGGGGACUCGCCGCCAGUGUGGGAUGCUCGUGGUGGGCGAGUGCUGGCCAGAAGCAAGCCAGGGGCUCACCGAGGGGUCGCAGCCACAGCAACCCUCGCCGGCAGCGCUUGGGGGAAGCAGCAGGGCUGGCUGAGCUGGGAGAGCAGCAGUUUUGCUUUCUCUUCUCCGGGCAGGAAGGCGUCGCAGGGCAGGCAGCCAGCACUGCCAGCAGCUCUGCUCCCUCGUGAGCAGAGGGAAAGGAGAAGUCGUACAGCUAGAGAGCUUGCCACCUAGCCGGGGAGGGGACCACCCACAUGCGAGCCGGAGCGCAGCCCCCGCCAGCCGAGCCAUGCUGUAAGGGGGGGGCAGCCCGGCCGGCCGGCCAGCAGCGGGAGUGAUGGCCCAGUCUCGGACCAACGGCUCACACUACGCCCUGACGGCCAUAGGGCUGGGGAUGCUGGUCCUCGGCAUCAUCAUGGCCGUCUGGAACCUUGUCCCCGGCUUCGGCCCCGACAGCAAGCCCACCACCCACGCCGCCAACAGCAGCAAGCCAGACCGCGGCUCCGGAGGCAUUUUGAAGAGCAAGACCUUCUCGGUGGCAUACGUGUUGGUGGGGGCGGGUGUGCUGCUGCUGCUGCUCUCCAUCUGCUUGAAUAUCCGGGACAAGAAGAGGCAAAGCGAAGACAUCGUCCGUGUGCAACACCAAGUGCCUGCGGAGCCGUCGCCCCAGGAGGACAGUCAAGAAGAGGAUGAAGACACAUCUUCCCAGUACUAUGUCCCCAGCUACGAGGAGGUGAUGAACACGGGCUACUCUGAGCCCAGAGACUCAGACAGGAGCAACAGGAUCAGCGUCUCCCUGCCCUCCUACGAGUCGCUGACGGGGCUCGAUGAAAGCACACAGCCACCGGGAGCCACCGGCGCAGAGCCCAGCACGGAGCGGCCACCCAGCCGGCACAGCUCGCGCCUCAGCAAGCGCCUGAAGCCACUGAAGGUCCGGAGGAUCAAGUCGGAGAAGCUGCACCUGAAGGACAUCAGGUUAAACCUGGCACAGGGGAACAGCACCAUCCCUAUCACGAUAGAGCCCCUGACCCCCCCACCCAAGUACGAGGACAUCCAGAAAGGACCAGAGAGCCAGCAAAUUACUUAAAAAAAAAAAGAAGAGGGAAAAAAAAAAAAGAAAAAGAAAGAAAACAAAAGAGGAAUCUGUGAUGCUGCUGGGCUUGUUUUGGUUUUGGUUUUAAAAGCAACCACACGAAGAGGGGCUCGGUCGGUGGGUGCAGAAUGCAGCCAGGGCUCCCUGACUGCACUGCAGAGGACACGCUAGGUGCAUAGUGCUGCGGCACGGGGACAGGACAAGAUUUCCUUGGGACGGGGUUUUACAGGAGGAUGUGGGGAAAGAAACCUGAAUGCCAAUAGAUCUGCUGCUCUGAAGUAAAUGAAGGCUGGAAGUACCAAAAGUGUAAUUUGUGGUGUGUUACAGAAGGACCACCCGAUGUAUCUUCCCCUCUCCUCUCCCCCCUGCCCCUACCCAGACUUUUCCAAGCCACCAACCUGAUAAGGAACGAGGAUUUUUCAAGUGGAAGAGGGAAACAUUCCUUUUCUUGGUUUUGUUUUGGGGGUUUUCUUUUCCCUGGUGUCUUUUCUUUCUAAGGGAAACGGCAUUGCCAGAGUAGCGCUGCAGCUCUGCCCCGCUCCCGUCUGGGGCUGGGAUGGUGGCCCAGGGCCAGCCCCGACUCCUGCUGAGGUCUGUGCUUGCUGGUGGGAAGCAGCCUGGAACGGGUGUUCCUGAGGGAGACAUGGAUUUCAUGCCUUGGUUGCUUUCUCUGCUGCGUUUUGUGCUCAGCUGUGAAGGGACGGUGCGGUUGAGACAAGGGGUCCAACCCCGGGGGGGUAGGAGCUGAGAGCACUGCUGCUGAGGCAUGCUAUGCAAGCAGACCUGUUCUAAAUAAAUAUUUUGUACAUUG